CAAUUUCGCGUCUAGCGUACCAUUGCGGCGACAAACCCCUAAACCGUUUCCACAACGUAUCAGAAUCCGAUGCGGUUCACCGAUUCGCCGGUCGUGGAGCUCCCCGUCGGGGGCGCCGUCCUCACCUUCCAGCAGGACAACGGAUCUAUGCACGUAGGCACCUCCGUCUGGCCUUGCUCCCUCGUCCUCGUCAAGUUCGUCGACCGCUGGCUCCCACGCCCCUCCGCCGCCCCCGAUCCCAACCCAUACGCGGACCUCCUCCGCUUCCCAGGAAAGCGCGCUGUCGAGCUCGGAGCAGGAUGCGGCCCCGCCGGCCUUGGCCUGUUCCUUCUCGGCCUCGACGUCGUCCUCACCGACAUCGCACCCGUCAUGCCUGCCCUCCGUCGUAACCUCAAGCGCAACCGUUCCGCUCUCCCGCGGGCUCCUAAGCACGCCCAACUCUAUUGGAACAACUCGGAACAGAUCAGAGCCCUCCGUCCACCCUUUGACCUUGUGAUCGCUGCCGACGUUGUGUACAUGGAAGACUCUGCUGCUCAGCUAGUCUCCGCCAUGGAGGCGCUCGUCGCGGAUGAUGGAGCCAUUUUGUUGGGGUACCAACUGAGGUCACCGGAGGCGCACCAGGUUUUCUGGGAAUUGUGUCACCGGACCUUCCCGGUGAUUGAAAAAGUACCACAUGAGGAUCUUCAUCCAGAUUACGCCUACGAGGAGACGGAUGUCUACAUAUUUAGAAAGAGGAAGUGAUCAAUGCCCAUAAAAGAAUUGGUUUUGGGAUUACUCCUGGGCUUAGUUACAGGUUUGUUCUUUUUAGUUUUCUUCAAUUUAUAUGCAUGUUGGAGAUUGUUUGUGUCAUGUAUUUAAGCAUUAAUGAAUUAGCUCUUCUAAAUUUAAACUAGCCACAACAAACUUUGUUCUCAAAACAGCAGCAUGUAACUUUCUAAAAUCAAUCGUAUUUCAGACAUAUAUCAA